AUGUCGUCAACAAAAAGAACAAAGGGAAUAACAAUAGUACGACCAAUAGUGUAUGGUAAUGUCGCAACUCUAUUACCACAAAAAAAAGCACCAGAAUCUGAUCAUACUCAUAAAUGGACAGUUUCUGUAAGUGGAAUAAAUGGUGAAGACAUUAGUUACUUUGUUAAACGUGUCACUUUUAAACUUCAUGAAACUUAUCCUAACUCAUCAAGAGUUGUUGAGAAUCCACCUUUUGAAAUUACGGAAACUGGAUGGGGUGAAUUUGAAUUAUCGAUAAAAUUACAAUUUGUGCCAGAAAGCGGUGAAAAACAUGUAACAUUGUAUCAUAAUUUACGACUUCAUCCUUACGAAGAAGAUGGAUCAAUAUCAACUGCUAAUAAAAAUAAACCUGUACAAAGUUUUUUAUAUGACGAAUUGGUUUUUACUGAUCCAACGGAAGCAAUGUAUCAAAUAUUAACAUCUCAUCCAUACUCUACAGAACAAGAAGAAAUAAGUAAAAUUGAAGAUGCAUAUAAAAAGGUUCAAGAACAAAUCCAAACUCAUAGGUCUAAAUUAGAUUCCACCACAAAAGAAUUAGAUGAAAUCAAGUCAGCAUUAGAACGUCUUAAAAAAUAA